AUGAGCAAAGGGGAUAGCAGCACCCCCACGCCGCUGCACGGCGAUGGCACAGCAACGUCUACGCCCCCGCUCGACGCUCCACUGCGUGCAUCGGCCCGCUGGAGGCAGCUGCGGUACGCCCGGCGGAUCCGCAGCACCCGGCGCGGCGGCGAUCAGCGCGUCAUCACCGAGGACGGCGCAACCUUUUUGGCCUCCAGCAAGGCGUGGGCGAGUUGGAGUUACGCGCUUUUCCUGUCCGGGGUCACCUUUGACUUUUUACUCAUCCUCGAGUACCGAGACGACUUCCAGUUUGGGGUUUACCGGGUUGUCAUGAUCCUUGUCGGGGCGCUCAUCGGGAUGGUUGUCACGGCACUUCCUCCUGGGAUCCUGGGGUCGAGAGAAAUACGAGGCAUCCUUGCUGACAAUUUGCUUGACGCGGCUCAGGCGAUGAACAGCGUGGUUGGCCCCUUUUGCUCCGGAUCGAGAUUGGCUCGCAUUUCCCAGAUUUGUGACGACCCGGAGAUUGAGUGGGACAUCCCCGCCACGUACCAGCAGAUCAUCAUGCUGGGGCCCGGGUACGAGGCGGCGGUGUCGGCGGCGGAGUGGGAGGAGUGGGAGCUCGGCGGCGGCGGGGACUGGGCGACCUUUCGCGACGUUGGAACCCAUAUGCGGCGCUUCAUCUACUCCGUCGUGACGCUCGACGAGUACACCCGUCACCCCGUCAAUGGCUCCGCCGGGGCCUCGCGCACCCACUUCUCUGAGCUGCUCGCCGGCCCGCUGACCGAUCUCACCGCCGCCGUCGCGAAGCUGCUGCGCGCCAUCGCCGCGACUGUGGAGCACGGCCAGGGGUCGGGGCGGGAGGCCACGUCCCGUUUGAACUGCGGGUGGCCUGUCUUCCGAGAGGCGCCGCCGGGACGGCCGUCGCGGCGAGGCAACACGGAGGAGGCGAGCGCUGCGGCCGGGGUCGAGCGCGCCUCGGCAGCGCUCGCGCAACAGCUGGCGCAGUUUUGCCGCGCCGCGAUGGCGGGUCUGCCCACCGAGGAGACUCUGUGGCUGGCGACCUACAUCGCCUUUGUUCGCCAGGCCACGGAUGCGGCGGGCCGGCUCCUCCAGCUCCACCGCAGCACCGAGAGAGCGGUGCGCAGGAUUGGAGGCGGCAGUGCAGCGCAAGGGGUGGAGAGCGUGCACGGGGGAGACGUGUGCGUGGUGCAAGUACGGUCAGACGACGACGACGGCUACAACGAGGCGGCGGCGGUGCGAUGA